AUGGAGUGUAUUGCACAAAAACGAUAUCCCCUCAAAACGCUUGAAAUUGACAGGUCGAGCUAUACGGUUUUAGCAGUUUGCCAAAGUCUUGAACAAAACGAAACCAACGACGAAUGUAUUGCCCCUACCCGUCAUACCAUGACGGAGCACAUUUACAACGACCCAACGAGGCUUAAACUUCAAAAAGAAGCGAUAGAAAGCUCUAUCGGGAAAAUGUACAUGUUCGAUAAAUACAUCCGAAUAGAGUCAUGGGUUAAAAGCGCUGGUGAAGGUUGCAUUUAUCCACAUCCUUCUCUUUUGUAA